CAUGGAGCAUAUCUAAAAGUCUGGAACUCUCAAUAACCUUUUUGUUUUCGAGGACAUCCAUUUACAGUACACGUAUACUCUGCAUUCCCCAGAAAUGCAAACCAAAAUUAUCUGCUUCACCUUCAAUAUCUAAUAAACCCUAGACUAACCCUUUUUCUAUCUCAAAAACCCCAAUUCACACAACAUAAUUUUGCAGGUUCUGGUUUUCAGGAUUAUAUAUAUAAGGAAAAAAAAACAAUUAGAAGCUUAUCUUGCAAAUUUUGAGGCAAAAUGAUGUGGGAAGAGAAUUGGUUCGAUGAACACAACAACAAUGAUGAGCAACAACAAGAAUCUCCCUUCAAUUUUGACUUUCUCUCUCUUCUUUCUAAACCCAAGGACUAUUAUAGAAUAUUGGAAGUGGAUUAUGAUGCUACAGAGGAAGCAAUUCGGUCUAAUUACAUACGACUAGCAUUGAAAUGGCACCCAGAUAAGCAAAAAGGGCAAGAUGGUAGUACAUCGAAGUUUCAAGAGAUAAAUGAGGCUUACCAAGUCUUGAGUGAUCCCAUGAAGCGGCAAGAAUAUGACAUGAAAGGGAUGAUGACCUAUGACUACAAUGUAAUGGACUAUCUGAAUCGCUAUAAAGGGCUUAUAUUAACGUGCAAUGGCCUUGGCAUGAAGCAUUCUAUAUGGUAGAUCUCCUAAACCCCACAAAUUAAAGCAAACAUAAUAAAUCUUAGAGAACUAGAGAUCAAGGUAUGUGAUUCCAGUUCAGAUGUAGCUGAUGAAAUGCAAACCUUAUGCCAAGAGCCCAAGAUGGGCGAAGCCUCAAGAGUUAGAAGUCUGGUUUUUUGUCACAGCACCGGAAAAUACAUGUAUAGCUUAGCCAUUUUCCGUCUAACAUCUUGCGCUUGUCCUUUGUAUGGGCUGCUGUAUGAGGCACAUUUGUUUAUAAAACUGUUUAUUCCUGCAUGGGAUAGUUUAUCAUGGGAUUGAAUUAGCGUCCCUUUCUUUA